GAAAAGCCGUGAUUUCAGAGGUUUUUAAAAUCUGAGAGCAAGACUCAUUGCAACUCAUUUCAGCUGGAGAUUCAACAGCACAUAUCAAGGUCCUUCCCUGAGAUUUUUGUCAAACUACCAAAGGACAAUGAAACUGUUUCUUCUAAUGCUUACCUGCUUUGCAAUGGGACUGGCCAACCGUGUUUAUAUCCAUCCCUUCUCCCUCCUUGACUCUGGUGAUGUAACCUGUGAGUUCACCAACAGUAAAGACAAGGGGCCUUUAGAGACCAUUUGUUCUCUGACUGCCAUUCAAGACGGGACGGAGCCGGAUCCCCGGCCUGCAAUCGAAGGACUAAAAAACCUCACCCGAUGGACUGCUGUGGUGGCUGAACUGCAGAACUCUCAGGGCCUGCGAAUGUAUCAGGCACUCAGCCGCAAGCAAGAGAAAGUUAACAUACUUUUCUCUCCUUACGCUUCCUUUGCUACCCUGUUAACUUUGUACCUUGGAACCUCCAAGAGUACUGCUAAUGACUACCAGCAAUUCUUGGGACUCAUCUGGAAUACUGAGAAGCCUGGUUGUGUGAAAGCUAUAAAUGGACACAAGGUACUGCGUGCACUUAAUGCCAUUAGCUCAGUAAUCGACGGACCUCAAGAUGAGCUCAGAACCCGUGUUUGGACCUUUGUGAGUAGCGAUGCCGACUUGUCCAAAGACUUUGUGCGUGGCAUUCAAGAGUUUACAGACACCUCUUUUAUUCGAGCAGUGAACUUCUCCCAGCCCAAGGAAGCUGAGGCACAAGUCAACUUGUUCAUACAGAAGACAUCCCACAGCAAGGUUGAGAACCUUUUUAAAGAUAUCAGCCAGUCAACAAACCUGCUGUUUGCAACCUCUGUGCAUUUUAAAGGGAACUGGAGGACAGCUUUCCAGCCCGAAAAGACAACCGUGCAAGAUUUUCAGAUUGACGAUAAGUCCACUGUGAAAGUACCUCUCAUGACGCACACUGGUGACUACAUGCACCUCAAUGAUCCUGACAAGAAGUGCACUGUAGUCAAACUCGGCCUUAGCAAGCGGACCUACAUGCUACUGGUGCUACCCAGUGAGAGAGCCAGGCUGCAAGACAUUGAAAAUCAGCUACAGACAGACACCAUAUCUACAUGGCAUAAACAUCUAAAGGAGCAAUACCUAGAAUUGUCCCUGCCCAAGUUCUCACUGACAGCUGUGACUGACCUGAGAUCACUGUUAUCUGACAUGGCUCUUGAUAAGUUACUUCUGGGUUCUGAAGCCAACUUUCAGAGAUUCAGCACCAAGGGCAAUUUCACCAUCGACAAGGUUAUCAACAAAGUGCUUUUUGAGAUGUCAGAGGAAAGAAAGGAGGUUCUGAACAAGUCGCAGGAUGAGAGAGUUCCUCUGAGAGUCACCGUGGACAGACCCUUUCUUUUUACCAUUGUAGAGGGCAACACUAAUGCUAUACUCAUGCUGGGAAGGAUACUGAACCCAAACCUGUGACCCCAAUAUUACGAUCCCAACUAAUGUGUAAUAUUAUUGUCUUUCAUUUUCUUUCAACUCAAUGUAGCUUAUUACAAAAUACACAUAGCAAAUGUUUUCUAUAACAUUUAACUAUGUAUGAAGUUAAAUGUGUACUGUUCUCACAACUGGCCAAGAGCAGGGCUAACUGACUUUCUUGAAGAAGCAUGGGCUGGUUUAAAAAACAAAACAAAAAAAAGGAAGCCAUAUUCACAGUAGAUAUCUUUCUUACCUUCCAAUGACAUUACGCAUUUAUACAGAUUUUUUUUUUUUUAAUAUUGUCCUUGAGAGUUUUACUUCUCUAUCUUGAUAAAACGGCAACACUGUACAUUAACAUUCCUUUAACUGACCAUUUUUAACACAUUACUUCCAGCUGAAUUCCAGCAUUAAUAAAUCAAAUAAUAUAAGUACUGUAUUAAUGGAUUUUUAAAAAAAUAAUAAACCAAAUAAUCAACACCUGGAUAUAAUAUGCAUACCGACAUGAGCCACAAUGACCAACGUACACUCACCAGCCACUAUUUAAUAGGAAUAUAUGUAAACCUGCUCAUUCGUGCAAUUCUCCCAGUCAAUCAAUCAUGUGGCAGCAGCACAAUGCAUAAAAUCAUGCAGAUACACACCAGGGACUUUAACCGUAGCAUGGUUGUUAGCGCCAGAUGGGCUGGUUUGAGUAUUAAAGAAACUGCUGAUCCCCUGGGAUUUUCACACACACAAGAGUUGCUAGAGUUUACACAGAAUUAAGUAGGGGGGGUCCAGUGAGUGGCAGACUGGUUCGAGAUGACAGGAACGCUACAGUAAUAUAAAUAACAACGCUUUACAACCGCAGUGACCAGUAAAGCAUCACGGAAUACACAACGUGUCGCACUUUCAGGUAGAUGGGCUCCAACAACAAAAGACCACAUCCUGUCAGCCAAGAACAGAAAUCUGAGGCUACAGUCAGCAUAAAGUCACCAAAACUACAUAGAAUGUUGCAGAAAAACCAUCACCUGGUCUUUUCCCCCCAGUUUUUAACCUUCCACUUUCAGUUGGCUGGUGUUGUGCAUUCUGAGAUGCUUUUCUGCUCACCACAGAUGAAAGUGUUGGUAUUUGAGUUACCAUUGACUUCCUGUCAGUUCAAACCAGUCUGGCCAUUCUCCUCUGAUCCCUCUCAUCAACAAGAAGUACAAGUCUGCCUUUAGUAACCUACAAUGGCUAGAGUACAAGCAGCAACAUGGGUCAUAACUUUCCAAGCCUUUUAUUGUCAAAGAUAAGUUGAAAUGUUACAGUAGUCUCAGCUUUGUUCAGUAGAGCAUGUGAAUGAUAACAGUAUGUUGACAUGAAAUGCAAAAAGCAUCCUGUCAUGUUCUAGAGAACACAGAGCAUCAACAUGGCCACUCGUCUCAGAGGAGGCUCUGUGGCAGAAAACAUAUUUAAUUAAUUCUGACACACAGUGCUUAAUCUUAUGACAUCAUUUUCACAAGUCACAAGGUGUCAUUUCAAUUGUUUCUGAAACAUAAUGGCAUAGUAGGCCCCUGCCAGUACACUCCAAAAAAAAUCCUUAUUAUAUUCAGUAUUUAAGUUGCAUAUCGUUAUCAAUCCCUUCGACCCCUGUUAUUUAACAUUUAUCAUUCCCAAAUUGUCCAAUACGAUUUAACAAUAAAUAAGAUUUGACCACAUGAACACAUUCUUGUAGUGUGCUUCUUCAUCACAGGCAGAGCUCACAUUUCGAAAGUCUGAUUUUUACCUUAUAACUGCACUGAGAGAAACAUGGCUGUGAGUCACUGGGGAACCCUUUUUGUUUUCCCCCACGUAACCUCUGUGAGCAUCUACCUGCAGAAGUGCUGGAGACCAGGAAAUUCCCUUCAACCUGAAGGGUGAGCCUUAAGAGCCAGCCUGCUCUGCUGUGGCGAGAUCCCGCGCCUCCUGCACCAGGUCCAGCAGAGCGGAGAACAUAGUGAUGUCGCUUGGCUGGAGACCCAUCUUCUGAAUCUGUUAAAGGAAACACCAAUUGCAGCAAUAUGAAUGUGUUGUAAGCUUAGUGUGCACCUUCGGUUUCAGCAACAUGAAUGAUAAAAAAUAAAAAUAAUAAUAAAUAAAUAAAAA